AUGCGCGAAUAUGAACGUCUCGAGCACAUGCGGCCGAUCUCGGAAACGCCUUGCUCCCGAAGCCAAGCGGUGUACAUCUCGCAUCAUCCGGUCUUUCGCGCCGACAGCGCCACAACUCGUUUACGCGUUGUCUUCAAUGCUUCGUGCAUCACCUCCAACGGCUCUACGCUGAACGAUCACCUGCUUUCCGGUCCUAAACUCCAAACCGAAUUACCUUCGAUCGUCAUGCAAUGGCGUCAGUUUCGGUACGUUUACACUGCCGACAUUGCUAAAAUGUUUAGACAAAUUUUGAUCGACUCACGCGAUAUCGACUAUCAACGCAUCCGGUGGCAGCCGGAUGGCUUUGACGCGCCUCGGGAUUACAACCUACUGACGGUCACUUAUGGCAUGACUUGCGCCCCGUACUUGGCGCUGCGCGUACUGAGGUGUCUAGCCGACGACGAGGGUGACCGGUUCCCUCUUGCCGCCUCGAUACUUCGUAAGCAAAUUUAUGUGGACGACGUGCUUUUCGGGGACAAUGAUGUCGAUUCCUUGCGUCAGCGCCGAGACCAGCUUGUUUCUUUGCUGCAACGCGGCAAGUUCGACUUACGCAAGUGGGCUAGCAACUCCCCCGAAUUACUCGCGGUUAUUGAUCCUUCGAAUCACGGCCUAGCUUGCAGCAAGUCUAUCGCGAUUGACGAAAAGGUUAAGGUGCUCGGGAUCGUCUGGAACCCCGCGCGCGACGUCUUUCAAUUCAAGGUGGUUAUCGAACCUGACGCUCCCCAGAGCAAACGCACCAUUCUCUCUGCUAUCGCGAGACUGUACGACCCCCUUGGUUGGGUCACGCCGGUCACCGUCUCUGCGAAAAUCAUUCUGCAACGGUUGUGGCGCUGUCAGCUUGGAUGGGACGAUCGAGUUCCGGAUUCUGUUUUCGCGCAUUGGCAGCUCCUUUAUUCGAAGCUGCCGUCUCUAAACCGUCUCUCGCUCCCUCGGUGGACGGGCGCGCAACCGGCGUCCCGUCUCGAGCUGUACGGCUUCGCCGACGCGUCUACUCACGCCUACGCCGCGGUCGUUUAUUUGAAAGCGAUCGCGUCGGAUGGCGACGUUACGGUUUCGCUGCUCGCGGGCAAAUCCAGAGUCGCUCCGAUUUCUCCGCUGACCGUCCCUCGGCUCGAGUUGUCGGCCGCUCUCCUCCUCUCUCGUUUAAUUCUAUUUGUACGACAUUCACUUGAUCUGGAGUCCGUACCGUGUACGUGUUGGACUGAUUCCACCAUCGUCCUGACGUGGCUUCGAUCUCAUCCUUCGAGAUGGACUGUUUUCGUGGCGAAUCGCGUCGCCAAGAUUCAAAAGAAUUUGCCCCGGGUCGUCUGGCGCCAUGUGCUGACCGCCUGCAACCCCGCCGACUGUGCGUCGAGGGGUCUUCACGGCGACGAACUCGUCGCGCAUAAACUGUGGUGGAGCGGUCCUCCAUGGCUCAUUUCGCCGUCUACAGAAUGGCCCAUGGAACCCGACCUGCACCGGAGCGACAUUCCGGAACAAAAGAAGGUGCACACCCUUACCGCCCAGCCCCUUCCGGCGAGCUGGGAUCUGGCCACACGAUUCUCAUCGUGGCCCAAGUUGGUCCGCGUCACGGCAUACAUGUACCGUUUUCUGCGUUCAUGUCGAAGUCCGACUCGGCGCUCUGCUCCGCUUCCGCCUCCGAGCCUUGCUCUUUCUUCCACGGAAUGCGCUCUAGCCAAACGCUUCUGGAUCCGAUAUGUUCAGGACGAGGUAUUUCGAGUCGAGAUGCAGGCCCUGCGUGCCGGGCGCAGCAUUGCUUCCAAGAGUUCUAUCGCGUCGUUAAAUCCAUUCUUGGAUGAUGACGGCGUGUUGCGGGUUGGCGGACGUCUUCGCCACGCUCCUCUUCCGUACGAUACGCGCCACCCGGUGCUGCUCGCCCCACAUUCGGUGGUGCGGCUCAUCGUUUCCCACGUCCACGAGAGAACUCUCCAUGGAGGGACUCAGUUGUCUCUCAGUGCGCUGCGCAAGGAGUACUGGGUACUUCGCGCGCGCAGUCUAGUCAAAUCCGUCAUUCACGCGUGCCUCCCUUGUGUUCGCGAGCGGGCCGCGACUCCUUGCCAGUUAAUGGGCGAUCUCCCUCCAUUGAGAGUGUCUCCUCCUCCUCGAUGCUUCGCCCACUGUGGAGUCGACUACGCCGGACCAAUCAAGGUUCGAACCUCCGCGGGACGAGGGAUCAGAUCACAGAAGGCAUACGUGGCUCUGUUCGUCUGUCUGGCCACUCGAGCCGUUCACCUCGAGCUAGUCGGGGAUUAUUCCACCGCCGCGUUUCUCAGCGCGUUCCGGCGCUUUUGUUCUCGCAGAGGGCUCCCCCAGUCCAUGUUCUCGGACAACGGGACGACCUUUGUAGGCGCCGACCGCGAACUGACCUCCGCCUAUCGAUCCGUCCUGCGAGAUCCUGCCUUCUUAAACCGCCUCGCCAGCGACAACGUGGACUGGAAUUUCAUUCCUCCUUCCGCUCCGCAUUUCGGUGGGCUCUGGGAGGCGGGAGUUAAAAGCGUCAAACAUCACCUACAUCGCGUUCUCGGUACCCACACGUUGUCGUUUGAGGAGAUGAGCACCCUCCUAUGCCAGAUCGAGGCGUGCCUCAAUUCGCGACCGAUUGCGCCCCUGUCCGACACUUACGAUGACUAUCAGUUCCUCACGCCCGGGCAUUUUAUUAUCGGCUCAUCCAUUACUGUACACCCUGAACCGUCGCUGUUGGACCUCAAGGCGAGUCGUCUGUCGCGUUGGCAGAUGGUCCGUCAGAUAUCCGAGCGAUUUUGGCGAUUGUGGUCCGACGAUUACGUCAACACCCUCCAACAGCGAAACAAGUGGCGUAAGCCGACGCCAAUCGUGUCCGUAGGACGCCUCGUGCUCUUGCGCAACCCGCUCCUCCCGCCAUGUAAGUGGGAGCUCGGUCGCAUAACCCGAGUGCACCCUGGGGCCGACGGCCUCACCAGAGUUGUCACGGUGAAGACCGCCGCUUCGGAGUACGUCCGUCCGAUAAGCAAACUUUGCCUCCUCCCGGACAAAGGCUCUGAAGACGGCGCCGCGUGA